UGUCAAACAUGGCGACAGUCAUAGUUUUGUUCUUGUGACGAUAACCACGUGCGUUUACUCAGUGCCGCAUCGUGUAUAUCACAAUUAUUAACGAUGGGUAAACAUAAACGGGAAAGACGUAAACCCCAUAAAGAUAAUCCCACAGGUCUUCCUAGUAUCAAAGAUUUCGAAAAGAAUGCAGAGGAUUUCGACGAUGAAGAUCAGGACGGAGCGUUGCAACGAAUGAUCGAACAGUUGGGUUCCCCAAACGUGGAAGAUAAAUUAUCUGGCCUUCAGACAUUAGAAUCAAUGUGUACCAACGUUGAGCUAGCUUUGCAAGCAGCCAAAGAAGGAGUGGCGAGAAUAGCUGGACCUCUGCUGGUAGACGAUAACAAUUUAGUACGUGCAGCUAGUGCUAGUGCUCUGCGUAAUAUUGCCAACAAUGGAGGUUCAGAAGCAUGUAGAUUGCUGCUAGAAAACGACAUCAUGACUCCCUUGGCUGCCUUGUUACAAAGACACUACGCGUCGUGGCAACCUAAGCCUAAAGAAAAAGGUAAAACAGAUGAUGAGAAAGAGACCUUUAUCCAAGCUAUAACUCUGCUCUGGACUUUAUGUGAAAAUGAUGAGAAUGCUAUAAAGUAUUCAAAUGAAGGACAUCUUAUAUCGAUCCUGAUUAAAUGUUUAGAUAUUACUUCUCAUAGUUUGGAUAUCAAUGUCAUAGCUGCUCAGUGCAUGCUAACUUUGUCUGAAGACAAUCCUCUGGCAAUUAGUGAACUAAAAAAAUUUGAAGGACCUCUGCUAAGCUUGCUCAAAUUCACAACUGACAAGGAAUCUGACUUGUCCAGUGUCACAUUACUCAAGACUUUAGCUGCUGGUUUACUGAUGAAUAUAACGAACACUGAAGUUGAUUCAUCAAUCGUAUCCUGUCAAGUAGCAUUGACACUGGCAGAAACUUUGUCGAAUGAUCACAGAAAAUUAUUAAAUACCAUAAGUUCAUCCAUACCUGUUGACACGAAUAGUUUGACCAGUGAGUCUGAAAAAAAAUUGAGCGACAUAAAAAGGUAUAUAAGCGCACAACAACAGGCUCUCGAAAUCCUGGCUAAUUUGUGCUCUGAAGAUCAGCAAGAUGCGUCAGAAUCUGAUUUGGAUGAUUCAGACCCAGCUGAAGAUGAUAGUGAAUUUGUCGACGACGAAAUGUCUAACGACAAGUUCUACACUUCAACACUACCAAUAGAGCUCACAGAGGUUUUUGCAAGCCAAAAAAUAGUUGAUAAAAUUUGGGAAAAAACUAUCCUACCAGCAGAAAACGUCAGGCAAAUAUUAUCGGAAAACCCUGAGAGUAAAGACGUUUUAAAACAAGUUCAUAUACUCAGAUGCAGAGCAUUUCUGUGCCUGAAUAACUUGAUAUCAAGCUUAGACGUAGAUGGGCUUGGGGGAGUGGAUAAUUUGUAUAGAAUGUGGGUUGAAAUUGGUAAAGUGGUAUUUAAAGAGGCGAAUCCAAAUGAUAUUGAACUCCUCGAAUCAGCAACAGCCGCAAUGAGAGCUGCUCUGCAAAAAUUAGUCGAAAUUCACGCAGACGUUUUCAGCCAACUGAAAAUGAUCGAUGUCCAUGUUAUGCUCAAUGGAGAACAGCAGUGUUCGAAUCCUAACGUCAGAGUGAAUUUAGUUCGAAUUCUAGGUAAUCUCGCUCUGGCUUUUACGAGUACAGACACUGCCAAUGGACGUGAACUAGUUAAGCUUCUUUCAGAAUUUCUACUGAAUGCGUGCACUACCGAGUCCGAAGUGUGGGUAAUCGCUGAAACUCUAGAUGCUUUAAUGGAUGUUUACACAGAGGAUGAAACGAACGAAUUAGCUGCUCAGGUAGAAUUAGUAGAUAAACUUCGGCUGAUAGCACCAAUUUUGAAUGCCAAGAUUCGACAGCAGAAGAAGAAACUGGGCGAUAAUUUCCUUGUCGUGUCGACUGUUAGAACGAAUCUUAUUAGAUUCAUCAAAUACAAAGGAGCACAGUUGGCAAAACUCAAGUGAACUCCAGGAUUUUAGAACAGUAGAACUAUCAUGAGAGAUUAUUUAUAAAUCAUACGACGUCGCAUAUGUGAGCAAUCAUAUUGUUGUACCAUCAAUAUUUUUUUCAUUGAGGAUAUUUCAACGUGUACAUAAAUACGGAUAAUGCUGACGCUCGAUGUACGAGUGCGUAAAACAAUCGAAUUUUUUUUUAUUGAUUAACUGUGUAUGAUUAUUGCAGAUAUUGAUUCACUUUGUAAAUCAUUGUAAAUUAUACAGGCAGGUACCAAGAUUCAAGGUAAGAUGAGAAAAAAAAAUCUAUUUUUUAUCUGGAAAUAAAAGUCGAUAAAUGAUAUUUACGACGAGAGAAAAAUAAAAGAUCCAUUCGUUUUUUUUUUUCAAUAUUAUUUAUCAAUAAAUAAUGAAAAUGAUAAUUAUGCUAUGCUAAUGCUACAACACCAUAACAGAAUAUAUUAUACUGUUUACAA